AUGGAAAUAUCAAGAUCAAAGACGGAGUAUAUGUGCUUGAGUGGGUUAUCCUUGGGAAGUGUGAAUCUGCAAGAUAGUCAACUGCCUUUGACUGACAACUUUAAAUAUCUAGGGAGCACGAUACAAUCAGGUGGGGGAACAAAAGUCGAAGUGACUCGUAGAAUCCAAUGUGGUUGGAAUAACUGGAAGAAGAUGUCUGGGGUCCUUUGUGACAGAAAAGUACCACCAAGAGUGAAAGGGAAGAUACACCGAAUGGUAGUGCAACCAGCAAUGCUGUAUGGUAUGGAAACAGUUCCACUUAGCAUCCGUGAUACAAAGAGACUAGAAGUGGCAGCAAUGAAAAUGUGCAGAUGGGCCCUUGGGCAUACUUUGAAAGAUCAUGUGAGAAAUGAAUACAUAAAAGAACGAAUGGGAAUUGUUAGUAUUGGGGAAAGGUGCAAGGAAAGUCGCCUGAGGUGGUUUGGCCAUGUCAAGAGGAGAGAUGAGGUCUAUGUGGGCAGGAGGGGGAUGGAUAUGAGGCUGCCAGGAAGGAGAAAGCGUGGUAGACCAAAGCUGAGAUGGAUGGACUGUGUGAGGAGAGACCGGGAUUCGAUUGGAGCAAAGGAGGAGGAUACCCUGGACUGA